UUCGCGGUUGCCAUACUUAUAUCGAAAGCUUGGUAAAAAUUAAUCGAAAUACAACUCUAUUUACCGUUUACUUGCACUCUCUGUUUUGGUACUGAACGAGCAAUUACAAAAUCUGUGUUAAAUUCAAAAUGCCAAAAGAAAUAUAUAAGCACAAGUUUCGGGAUUGAUGGCUACUGCAGCCCGAUUUUAAAGAUUGGAUUAGCCGACAUAAUUCGGACAUUCACAAAGCUUAUUGCAAAUACUGCAAAUGCAGUAAAACUGUAAAAUUGACCAAUUAAGAGCGCAUAUGACGACAAAAAAAAACAUGUGCAAAUACGUCAAGUUUAGUAAAACGAAAUUAAAUUAGUUUCGAGCCGGUCAAAGCAUCAGAAACUUGUCGCCAAGAAGCUGCGAUAGCUAUGUUUAUAGCCCAGUAUUGUGCUAUUGAGCCGGUUGGUCACCUAAGUAAAUUGCUAAAGACACAUUUUGACGCCAAGAAGGUUAAAUUGCACAGAACCAAGUGCACUAACCUUAUUAAAAAUGUAGUGUCUGUGCACUUUAAUGAAGAUCUGGGUCUUGACCCGGGCAACGAAAAGUUCAGUCUGCUAAUUGGUGAGUCUACCGAUAUAAGUAUUACCAAGCUUCUAGGGGUUGCUAUAAUAUAUUACAGCGCUCAAUGCGAGAAAAUUCAAUCGACGUUCCUUUCACUUGUUUCAAUUGAAAGUGGAGACGCUCUCAACAUUACCAAGUGCCUCCUGGAUGAGCUGUCUCGUCUUAAAAUUCCCGUUUAUACAUUAUUAAAGGAUAACGUGCCGUCGUUGAUUCUUGUUAAAUGUGUGUGCCACUCAGUGCAAUUGUCUGUCAAUGCAGCUUGCAAGGUGGUUUAA